AUGGAUCAGCUUGAUAGUCAGUACAGACAUGUCUCCAUUUCAUGUAAGACUGAGGAUCAAACUGACAUAUUUCUUGCAAUCACAUCCACCCUCAUAGACCAUCCAGAGGAAGAGCCUGGACUUAAUUUUGAGCAAGCUGUUGCUGUUCAGAUUGCCAAGGAGAGGGAAGCAAAGCGUAGACAACAACAGCGCAAAACUGAUGCUGAGGAAAUGCGUGCCCGGAAAGAGCCCACAGAUAGUCUCAAGCUUGUAGGCCUGACCUCUGCUGUUCAAGAGUGGGCUAGGGCUUUACUUGGUCUUCCUCGUCAAUCCAGCACCCGGUCAUCUCCUAACAUCUCUGCUGCUGUCCUCCUGGCACGCCACCUUCCUGACGAACCAACUCCUGAAGAGGUUGAACAGUGGGCCAACUAUUCUGACACAAGGACAAAAUAUCUGGAUGUCAACAUUCAACAAAAGAUGGACGAGCGCUUCAAAAAUAACCCCUCAGCAAAUGAAUCUGUCAAGCAUCAAAUGAGGAUUAUGGUGUCAAAAGAAGCUGUUCUCAUGUUUAACCAGGCUUUUCCCCCUCCUAAAUUUAUCUCCCGAGUGGCUCAUGCUACUGCCUCGAUUACCACCUACGAUGCCACUCGCUUAGGAUUCUUCUGCGAUGAGGCAAAGGAAAAGAAGUUGGUGUCUACAGAAGGAGGAAGUGACAAGCUUGUCCGCCAAAAACUUACGGAGAGGGAGAAAACUGCUUUGAAAGCCAUUAGGAAGAAGCUCUGUGAAAAACGGGCUGCAGCAGUAGAGCCCUACUUUUGUCACUUCACCGGUCCACUCAAAGUCCUGCUAAACUCUCAAGAGGUUCAUUCUGAGACUGAAAUGGACCCAGAGAAGCCUGGGAAGUUUAGGAAGGUCAAGCUCAACUGGCGGACCCCCCAGCUUGAUGAAUUGAUCAAACUGGCUGAUGAUGCAGCUCCCAAAAGGGAGAGCACCAAAAAACAAAAGGAUAGACUGAAAGAAUUUUUCCAGUCCAGAGGAGGAUAUUCGCCAAAUGUUCCUGAUCCGGAAGAUCAACUUCCUCCCAAGACUCUUCCCAGAUGCCUCAUCAAGCCAGAAAUACUCACCGAAGGGAUAGAUGAGAUUACAAUUGACAGUUUGGAGUUGUCAGACACCAAAGUUGACCUUAAGUUGGCCAUUGAUAUUUUGAAGACAAAGCUUGGGAAAAGCAACUCCAUGGCGUUUUCUUCCUCCUGA